AUAGGUGCUACUGCGACAUCAGUCUCGUCUCGUCAUCCACGAUGCCGCCCUUCAAAGAUGAGCAUAUCCUUAUAAUUGCGCCAGGCUCGCAAGUGACCCUGGCGCAACUGGGCCUCCCCGAGUCAUUCACGCCUGCCCGCUUUCGCUUCCCCACGCGCAUGUUCCCUGCCGAAAAGAAGGGCGAGUACGAACCGUACAAGAUCCGUGAGCGCCGACACGAACUCAAGGACAACAAUGGCGCCACCGCGCCCGAGGACGUCGAGAUGAAGGAUGCGGAGUCGGCACAGCAAGACGGGACCGUGAAACCCGAGGCCGAGCAAGCUGGAGAUGCGAAGACCGAGGGUCAGGAUACUAGUGGACCAGUCAAGCAGGGAACAACAACCGAGAUUUUCUACGACGAGGACGUGACGACCGAUGAGGGAGCGGUCUAUCCUAUCGAGAACGGUCAGAUCGUCGACUGGCCGUGCUUCUUUGCUCUCCUUACACACGUUUACAACCAUUUGAGUCCGCCUUUCCAUACCCCGAUCAUGCUCAUCUCCGAACCGGCGUGGUCCGCCCGGGAUCGUGAGACGAUUACACAGUUUGUCUUUGAGAAGUUCAAGACGCCUGCCUUCUGCUUGAUGGAUUCCGCCCUUGCGGUCUGCUACGGAUACGGUACCUCGACGGCUACGGUGGUUGAUGUUGGCAAGGGAAAGGUCAAUGUCACGGCUGUCACCGACUUUCUCGUGAACGAGCACGGACGGGGCAUCGCGCUGCAGGGCUGUGGUGGAGACUACAUGACGGAUCGAUUUGUGGAGCUUCUGGGCUCGAAGGGAUUUUCGAGGGAGAUGUGCGAACAGUUGAAGCGAAGCAAUAUUACCGAGCUGCUACCUCCUGGAACCCCUCUUCCCGGUACCGCUGCAACCGCACGACAGGGUGCUAACCCGGCUGCUACUGGCCCCAAGGAUGGCGCGGAAGGUGGCUCGACUGGUCCUCAGACAGGGGAAGGCAAUGGCGAUGGGGACGACGACGAGGGCGUGUUGGAUGUCGCGGCCAUCGUUAGUGGCAACACGAGCGAGUUCCUUGCUAAUCGGGAAAAGGAAAAGGCUGAGAAGGCCUCGGCCAAGAAGGGCGGGGCGGACCAAGCCGGCAAGCCCCUCCGUCUUCCUAACUCUAAGAAGGAAAGGGCCUCGUUCCAGUUUGAAGAAUAUGUGCGAAUCGAGCCUGAGAAGGAUACCCCGAACGCCCCUGUGCGGUAUAUGCGUCAGUCCCGCGAGAUCGAGGUCGGUGUCGAACGCUUUCUCGCCGCAACGCCCAAGCAGAACUCGGCGGACCGUCUGACCGGCGGCCUGCUUGAGGAUAUUGCUACUCAGAUCCAUCAUACCAUUCUUGCAGUUCCCGAUGCGACGAAGCGAAGCGAGCUCUGGGAUUCGCUCGUCAUCGUCGGCAAUGGCAGCAAAAUCAAGGGAUUUACGCAAUCGCUGCUCGGCACCAUCUCCCAAAAAUACAUCCUCUCCCCAUCCGCUACCAUGUUCACCUCUGAAAUUCCGUCCAACUUCUCCACUCCCCUUCCCACUGGAGGAACCAACACUCCAGCGCCCUCCGGCCAGGCUGGUCCGAUGAAUCACCCUGCGGGUCACGGUGUGAAUCCACUGCUGGUGGCAGCCACACAUGCCAACAACCCCAUGCCCGGCACACCGUCGAUGGAUCCGGCGAUGUCGCAUCACCGGUCGACCGGACAUUCGCAGACGCCCACGUCGGUCAAGACGCUGCGACCCCCCGAAUACUUUCCGGAGUGGAAGGAGCAGAGCAAUACCAACGCGCCUGGCGCAGCUACCACGGGUGGGCCUGGCGCCCCGAGCGGUGGCCACGGCAUGGAGGAGGCGGUGUUUCUGGGAGCACAGGUUGCGUCGAAGGUUAUAUUCGUGCUGGACCAGGGACUCAGCAAGGGUUUCAUGAGCCGGGUGGAGUAUAAUGAGAACGGACCCUCGGCGAUCCAUGAAUACACCAUGUGAUAAUGAUUGGGUUAUGCGAGUUAUUGACAAGCGGUUUUCUUCACAGUGUGGAUUUCUUAUUUGACGCUAAAAUACUGGUUAAUUUUACGGAUGUUGUACUCUACAGUGGUUUAUUCAAUAAAGCGAGUCUG